AUGGGGCGCCUGCAGCUGGUUGUCUUGGGCCUCACCUGCUGCUGGGCAGUGGCCAGUGCCUCGAAGGAACCCACUAUUUGCCAACCUGGGCUCCUCCGGGGCCCCAACUCUGUUGAGGGCAUUUCCACCCCUCCCACGCUGGUCUCCCCUCCUGCAGGCCAGGUCUGGGUGCUGGUCUCUAGCACCCACUCCCCUGCCCUGCCCCCAGGUAACUAUGGCCUUCGGGAUCAGCACAUGGCCAUUGCUUGGGUGAAGAGGAAUAUUGCGGCCUUCGGGGGGGACCCCAACAACAUCACCAUCUUUGGGGAAUCGGCUGGAGGUGCCAGCGUCUCUCUGCAGACCCUCUCCCCCUACAACAAGGGCCUGAUCCGGCGAGCCAUCAGCCAGAGCGGUGUGGCCCUGAGCUCCUGGGUCAUCCAGAAAAACCCCCUCUUCUGGGCCAAAAAGCUGGCGGAGAAGGUGGGUUGCCCUGUGGACGACACUGCCAGGAUGGCCAAGUGUCUGAAGGUGACCGACCCCCAAGCCCUGACGCUGGCCUAUAAGAUGCCGCUGGCAGGCAUGGAGUACCCCAUGCUGCACUACCUGGGCUUCCUCCCUGUAAUUGAUGGAGACUUCAUCCCCGAUGACCCUGUCAACCUAUCCGCCAAUGCCACCGACAUCGGCUAAGCAGGAACCAACAAUAUGGACGGCCACAUCUUCGCCAGCAUUGACAUGCCUGCCAUCAACAAGGACAAGCAGGAAGUCACAGAGGAGGACUUCUUCAAGCUGGUCAGCGGGUUCACCAUCACCAAGGGGCUCAGAGGCACCAAAACUACCUUUGAUGUCUACACCGAGUCCUGGGCUCAGGACCCAUCCCAGGAGAACAAGAAGACAAAGUCCAUGGUGGACUUUGAGACUGACAUCCUCUUCCUGGUGCCCACUGAGAUUGCCCUGGCCCAGUACAGAGCCAACGCCAAGAGUGCCAAGAUGUACACCUACCUGUUUUCCCGUCCUUCUCGGAUGCCCACUUACCCCAAAUGGGUGGGGGCGGGUCAUAUGGACAGAAUCCAGUACGUAUUCGGGAAGCCCUGCUACCGGCCCCAAAACAGGACUGUCUCAAAGGCUGUGAUCGCCUACUGGACCAACUUUGCCAAAACAGGUGACCCACACCUGGGAAGGUGUCACAGAAGUGUACAGAGGUGGCACCCAGGGGCAGGCAGGGCACCAUGCCUGUUGGCACUGCUCCUUGGCAAAAGUCAGCUAGUCCUCUGGUUCCAGAGAGCAGAAGGCACCUAA